AUGAAUAGUGGUACGUCUACUAGUGGUUAUAAACUUCGCCUGAACAGAUAUUUAACGGAAAACAAUAUCGAUGGUUUCGCUGUAGUCAACAAUCGUGAACGUUUUCUGAUUCCUAGCGAUGAAAACACGUUUGGUGGGAUCAAAGUUCCGUACGUUUUAAUCGAUACCCAGGUCAACAAAUCCUAUGCUGGAUACGAUCGGAUCUGA